AUGAUAAACAGCGAAAUAGCAAAAGAUAAUGAUAUGAAAAGCCUCCACCGCAGCGAGUCGAUGGUGUCACUGGCGUGCUUUAAGACGCUCUCGCAAUUGGUGAACAGCGAUGACACGACGGAGCUUCAACAGUAUCUGGCCAAUAACAAGAACGUCAAUGUUGACGACAAAGACGAGAAUGGCACGACGGCGCUCAUGUGCGCGGCGGAGAGCGGGCGCACGGCGGCCGCUCGUUUGCUGCUGGCGGCGGGCGCGGACGCAUGCGUGGCCGACGCGGACGGCUGGACGUCUCUGGCCUUUGCCGCGCGCGGAGGCCAUCUUCCCGUAAUGAGAGACCUGCUUGACGCUGGCGCUGUAGUUGACUCCAGGGACUGUGGUGGAUGGACGCCUCUUAUGUGGGCUUCAUACAAAGGUCACGAGGAAGCGGUCGCGCUAUUACUGGAAAAAGGUGCUGAUGUCCAUGCCCAUGGAAAUUAUAAUAUCAACUCACUAGUGUGGGCGGCGGGGCGCGGGCACAGCGGCGUGGUGCAGCGGCUGCUGGGCGCGGGCGCGCGCGCCUGCUCGUGCGACAAGUACGCCACGUCCGCGCUCACCUGGGCGGCGCGCGCUGGCGACGCGGUUUCCUGCGCGGCACUGCUGAAGGCCGGCGCCGACCCCAACACCGCCGGCAUGUACUGCUGGACGCCGCUGCUGCAAGCCACGCAAGGUAACCACUUUGAGAUUGUGCAGAUGCUUCUCGAGCACAAGCCCAACGUGAACGCGCUAGACAAAGAAGGGUAUACCGCGCUCGCCAUUGCCUGCAAAGAAGGAUACUAUGACAUUGCACUAGCCCUCAUCAACUCCGGAGCUUACAUUAAUGUUCAGGACCACUCAAAAGACACCCCGCUAAUCCACGCUGUGAAGGGAGGCCACAAGAACAUCGUAGAAGCAUUGUUAAAGAAACACGUGGACAUCGACUUGCCGGGCAAGGAUAAGAAGACCCCGGUGUACACUGCCGUGGAGAAAGGCCAUGUCGCUAUAUUGAAGCUGUUAUUGGCUUCUAAUCCAGACCUCGAGCUCAGUACAAGUAGCGGCGACACGGCGCUGCUGCGCGCGGUGCGGUCGCGCAACGCGGAGAUGGUGCAGUUGCUGCUGGAGCGCAAGGCGCGCGUUACCGUCGCCGACAGCCGCGGCGACACCGCGCUGCACAUCGCCAUGCGCGCGCGCUCCAAGGUACGCAGCACCACACGCACACACAACACAGAUGGUGCAGCUGUUGCUGGAGCGCAAGGCGCGUGUCACCGUCGCCGACAGCCGCGGCGACACCGCGCUGCACAUCGCCAUGCGCGCGCGCUCCAAGGUACGCAGCACCACACGCACACACCAACACAGAUGGUGCAGCUGCUGCUGGAGCGUAAGGCGCGCGUCACCGUCGCCGACAGCCGCGGCGACACCGCGCUGCACAUCGCCAUGCGCGCGCGCUCCAAGGUACGCAGUACCACACACACAUACACACACACACACACAACACAGAUGAUGCAGCUGCUGCUGGAGCGCAAGGCGCGUGUCACCGUCGCCGACAGCUGCGGCGACACCGCGCUGCACAUCGCCAUGCGCGCCCGCUCCAAGGUACGCAGCACCACACACACAUACACACACACACACACACACACACAGAUGGUGCAGCUGCUGCUGGAGCGCAAGGCGCGCGUCACCGUCGCCGACAGCUGCGGCGACACCGCGCUGCACAUCGCCAUGCGCGCCCGCUCCAAGGUACGCAGCACCACACACACACACACACACACAACACAGAUGAUGCAGCCGCUGCUGGAGCGCAAGGCGCGCGUCACCGUCGCCGACAGCCGCGGUGACACCGCGCUGCACAUCGCCAUGCGCGCGCGUUCCAAGGUACGCAGCACCACACACACACACACACACACACACAACACAGAUGGUGCAGCUGUUGCUGGAGCGCAAGGCGCGCGUUCCCGUCACUGA